AUGUCCCUGCUCACCCACCUGUUGGCGUGCCUCUUGGGGAUGGGCUCCUGGGUCUCCAUCAAUGGCCUGUGGGUGGAGCUGCCUCUCAUUGUCUCUCAGGUCCCAGAGGGAUGGUACCUGCCCUCCUACCUGUCCGUCCUCAUCCAGAUGGCCAACGUUGGGCCUCUCCUCGUCACCCUGAUGCAUCGGUUCCGGCCGGGCUCCCUGAACGAGGCCGCCAUCAUAUACAUGAUCAUCGGCCUCGGAACGGUGGCGAGUUUCCUGCUGGGUUUCUUCUGGAAGGAGACGGUUCUGGUGGCGGGUGUUCCUCGCAGCGUGGCUCUCCUGGUCCUGACGUUCUUCCUCGCCGUCGUGGACUGCACCUCCUCUGUCACCUUCCUGCCUUUCAUGACACGCCUCAGGCCUCAGUACCUGACCACGUACUUCAUCGGGGAGGGUUUGAGCGGCCUUCUGCCGGCUCUGGUGGCUCUGAUCCAGGGGGUCGGGGUAGUCAACUGCAUCAACAGCACUCAGUCACUGAAUCAGACCUCCAACGGUUCUGCUCCUGAUGAGCUGCAGGCUCAGUAUCAGCCUGCAAACUUCUCUUCCGAGGUCUUCUUCUUCUUCCUCAGCGCCAUGAUGCUGGUGAGCCUGGUGGCCUUCCUGCUUCUGAACCACCAUCCGUCUGUAGCCAGGGAGCACCCCACCAACCGCUACACCAACCAGGACAACCGUCAUAAACGGGGGAAAGGGGCCGAGCAGAGGCCCAUGAUAGGCCCUUUCGGCUCUCCAACCCAGAAACGCAGGAGCAGCUUUGGUUCUGGCUCAUACAGCUGGACCCAGGUGGUCUAUAUCUUCGUGGUUCUGGCCUGGGUGAACGCUCUGACCAACACGGUUCUUCCCUCGGUCCAGUCCUACUCCUGCAUGCCGUACGGCAACAAGGCCUACCACCUGUCCGCCGCUCUGGCCGCCGUGUCCAACCCUGUGGCCUGCUUCGUGGCCAUGUUCAUCUCCGUCAGGUCCCUGAUGUCCCUGGGUGUCCUCACGUUGACAGGAAGUGGUGUCGGAGCGUACAUCAUGGCCACGGCGGUGCUCAGCCCGUGUCCUCUGCUGGUCCACAAAACCUCCGGAGCUGCUCUCAUGGUGCUGUCCUGGAUCGUCUUCGUCCUCUCUCUGUCCUACGUGAAGGUGAUGAUCGGUCUCAUCCUCAGAGACGAAGGCCACAGCGCCCUCGUGUGGUGCGGAGCUGUGGUUCAGCUGGGCUCUCUGCUCGGAGCCGUCACCAUGUUCCCUCUGGUCAGCAUCUUCGGCUACUUUUCUUCAGGGGACCCCUGCAACACUAAAUGUCCCUGA